AAAAGACAACAAUCCAUGCCUCGCCUGGAGCUCUGUGCAGCAUUAGCUGGAGCUCAGCUUGCCAAGGUUUUAAAGACAGAGAUGACCCUCCCUCUUCAAAAGACAACACUGUGGUCGGAUUCCACCACGGUUCUGGAGUGGCUCCAGUCGGACUCCUGCCGCUUCAAGGUCUUUGUUGGAACGCGUGUCUCAGAGAUACAGGAGCUGACGGAUCGACAAUCCUGGCGGUAUGUGGACACCCACAACAAUCCUGCUGAUGACAUCACCAGGGGGAAACCACUUCUGGAACUUGCGGAGGACGGGCGCUGGAGUCAAGGACCCACAUUUCUCAGGCAAAGUGCGGAAUACUGGCCAAAAAGACCGGAUACACAUUCAUCCCUGACUUCAUCCGAACUAAAGAGCAUCACCUUCUGUGGUCUUGCAGUAGUGCAAAGCGACAAUAAUAUUCCGGAUGCUUCUCUAUUCAAUACCUGGAAAGAAUUAGUAAAAGUCACUCAGCAGGCGGGACAGGAAGGACCAGGAGGUUCGACACACAGUCAGACAAUCAGCUCCCAAGAAGCUGAGUUUCUGUUGCUGAAAAGAUGUCAAGUUCAAACCUUUCCCGCAGACAUCAUGUCUCUUAAAACACAGAACGCAGUGUCAGCUAAGAGUCGUCUGGCGUGCCUCUCUCCUGAGUGGGACUCAACUACAGGGUUAAUUCGAGUUGGGUGUAGGCUGCGACGACUCCAGAACUCGGACUUAGAAGAGAUCCAUCCUAUUGUGCUGGACCCAAAACAUCAGAUAACUAAACUCCUCAUCAAGGACAUGGACGAACGUCUUCUGCACCCAGGUACAGAGCGAGUGUAUGCAGAACUUCGAAGACAUUACUGGAUUCUGCGAGGACGACAAGCAGUCAGGCACCAUCAGCACAAUUGCCCAUCUUGUCAACGCUGGCGAGCUCAACCGACAGUCCCAAGGAUGGCAGAUCUGCCACCACAACGCCUCAGACUUCUCUGUCCACCCUUCCAUUCAACAGGUGUGGAUUGUUUUGGACCUUAUCUGGUCAAAGUGGGCAGAAGAUCAGAGAAACGAUGGGGUGUCAUUUUUAAGUGUCUUACAACUCGAGCAGUUCACAUCGAGCUUCUCAACUCCAUGGAUGCCGAUGCAUUCCUUCUCGCUCUACGUCGGUUCAUUGCCAGAAGGGGAAGACCAAGAGAGGUACUGUCAGAUUGUGGGACCAACUUCCGAGGAGCCGAAAGAGAACUCAGGACAGUGUUUGCAGAGAUGGAACCUCAGCUACGAGAGCAACUGACAGAAUAUCAGAUUGACUUCAAAUUUAACCCUCCAAAUGCCCCUCAUUUUGGUGGGGCAUGGGAACGGGAAAUUAGAUCCAUCAAGGCCAGUCUCCAAGUCGCAGUAGGAGGGCAGUCAGUCACAGAAGAUGUCUUGCACACAACUCUAGUAGAAGUGGAGGGGAUACUGAACUCAAAACCACUAGGGUACGUAUCAUCUGAUGUUUCUGAUCUGGACCCAAUCACCCCAAACAUCCUUCUCAUGGGGCGGCGGGAUUCUGCACUGCCUCAAGUAGUUUACGUCCCAGCUGUCAUGGGGCGGCGGAGAUGGCGCCAUUGUCAAACACUUGUGGAUCAGUUUUGGAUCCACUUCAUACGCAGCUAUCUACCCACUUUGCAGACCAGGUCAAAAUGGCAGAGGUCUUCCGAAAAUUUAACCAUCAACACUGUAGUUCUGAUGGUGGACCCUUCACUUUCAAGAGCACAGUGGCCCAUCGGCAGAGUGGUUAAGACCAUUCCGAGUCAAGAUGGACAGGUCAGGGCUGCUGAGGUAAUGGUCAAGAGUAAAGUCUACACCAGACCGGUAGCUCGCUUGAUCCCACUUCCAAGUUUAGAGGAUGACAGUAAGGACACUUGAAGAAUUCCUGUAGUUACACAUUUGUUGUACAAAUGUGGGGGCGGCUGUUAAGAAUUCUACAUGUUUAUCUACGUUUUCAGAUACUUUAUUUUGAAGCAUUUCAUGACAGUGUCACUUCCGCUUCCUUCCUGUAGGGGUCACUUCCGCUUCCCUUUUGACGUGUGUUAAUGUGUGCUGACUUGUUUUCUCUGCUACGUUUAAUCGGUGCUCUAGUCUUUGACGAUAUACUAACUAACUAA